AUGGGCAUAUUUCAUUCGUGCAGGAUGUACAUAUUGAAGAAGAAGUGCGAUGAGACUCGCCCACAGUGCGCCCGCUGCGCCGAGCGAGGACAAGAAUGCGCCUACGAACCGGUCAGGCCGCGACAGCGCAAGAAGCGCGACUCUAUUGCCGGCCUGGGCUCCGACACGGCAUCCCAAACAAGCGCCAGUGCCAUCAUUCGCCGAUAUUCUGCCCCGGACGUCACUCUCCGGCGCUGGAAGGAGGAAGCACUAGACGACGAAGAUGAGGGGGUGGAAGAGGCCAUCGUAGAGGAGCCCGAGGAUAUCACCGACUCGCUCGGCCCAGCCUUCGACAUCAAGAGGAUGUUUGGCGUUCACAAUCACACCAACAAAGAGGAUGCCCCGUUGAUCUCCCCAAUCGACGCGGUCUCAUUCAACCUUUCGCUCGAGGACGCGGACGAAGAGAUUGUCCGCCGAGGCUCAGUUGUACAGGACUCGGGUCCAGCACCACCACAUCUUGCUGUCACACUGGCACAGCGCGACCUCUCAAUGAUUGCGCCUGUUUCUGUAGCGUCGCCGCGCCUCGAGUUCCUUCUACCAAUGUUCUCCGAGUUCUCCGAUCGCCCGAAUCGCCGCGCGUUGGUUGAUCACUUCGCCAACGUGAUGUCUCAUCUGAUCGUUUUACGCGAGACUGAAGCCGGGAACCCGUUCCAACAGCUCGUGCUGCCGCUGUGCCAUAGCAGCUCGACCGUCAAAAACGCCAUCUACGCGCUCGCCAGUGCUCAUUUAGAGAACAGGGGGUGCGGACACACUGAGGAGAAGGCGGUGUACUUCCACAAUCAGGCGAUACAGGGCUUGGCGCGGCUGAUCGAGCUUGGAGGAGAAGCGAACAAGAAUGAACUUCUGGCUACAAUUAUGCUACUUGUCUACUAUGAAGUUCUUGUGCAACAAGGACGGUCCAAUAUUGUGGAUGGCCACCUCAAGGGUGCCAUAGCAAUCAUGAACGGCAGCAACGCCGACCCGAAUCCCACAAGCGCCUUUCUUGAGCGGGCCUUCCGCUUCUACGACGUCAUUGCCGCCCUCUCCUUCGGCACAGCGCCCCUCUCGACCGCUCCGGCAACUGGCUGUCUCGUACCUUUCCCGCCCCUCGACUCGCCUUCCACAUCACCCUUCAGCUCCGUGGACACCCUUCUAGGCAUGUCCACCACUCUCUGGCCCAUCAUUCAUCGCCUCUCCAACCUCCUCGCCCUCAAGAACGAACUCCAGGCAGCCAUCGCCAGCGGCCAAAUCACCAAGACCGCCGUUCUUCGUUCUGAGUUUGAGACUACCUCAGACGCAAUCGAGCACGCUCUCAAGCAAUGGCAACCCAACUUUCCGCCUGGGUUCUCGCCAGACAUUGUCGACGAUCUCUUAUCUAGCGAGGACGAGCCCGAGCUGGCAGCCGAACGCGCAAGAAUGCACUCCCUCCUCAACAACGCCCUUGCAUAUCGCCACUCCGCAUUUGUGUAUCUGUAUCGUAGCAUAUACGGGUACUCUCGCCGUCACCACCUUGUCCAGCAUCACACGCACGCCGCGCUGGGUCACUGUGCGGCGACGGUGUCUCAUGCAGGCCCCAUGGCAGCACUCUUGUGGCCCCUCUUCGUCGCUGCCUGCGAGGCCAUCAACCCGACCGACCGGGAGAUCGCGCGUCAGGCGUUCGUGGCCGUGGAGCGGCGACAGGGCAUGACGAAUAUUCAGCGCGCGUGGACCAUCGCGCAGGAGGUCUGGAGACGGGCGGACAUGAUUGACGAUCACGCCACGUUCGACGGGUACGAGGACCACGCCGUCAUGAUGGCGUCGACUCCGGGUCAGCGGCUCGGUAAGGCAUGCGACCUUUGGAGGAGGGUCAGCGAAGACAUGGGCGUCACGAUUGUCUUCGGAUGA